CGUAAUGAUUAAGGGAGCGUUCCCAUCGAGCGCGUCACGCGUCGCGCUCCACCAAUCGUAUUUGUCUUAAAUAAAAUUAAUAAAUGCGAUUGGUCAAUUCCAAUGGAAAAACCCAAAAUAAUCGACCGAUUAGAUUAACUCCCGUUGGUGAAACCGGGCCAAAGAAUACCAAUCUCAAGUUUAGUAAACUUUCCUUUGAUUGGUCAAAUUCGAAUCCAAUCUUCUAACACUAGAUCCGUUCAUAUUGUUUGCACUUUUUGCACUUAGAACUACCCCGCUUUCUUUCUCGCCAAUGCUCGAAUAUAUAUUUAUCUCAUUUUAAGUGCGGAACGCUUUAGAGACUUCAAAUAACAACACAAUUCUAUUAUGCCAAAAUAUUUUUGAUAAUCAUGUAUUUAUAUAGAUCAAACAUGCUUGAUACAUGAAUGUCACGGGCAAAACGGACUAAUUGAAGUCACAUGUACGUAAUGAAUAAAUUAAAGGAGAAUCAAAUUAGAGUAACUAAAAUUUGUUCAUCGUUCUACAAAAAUGUUUCUCUGCUUACAACAAUGAUAUCACCGUCAUUUGAGUUUCAACAACACUUUAAAGAGGGUAUGUUUGACAAGCCUAAUACGACGGGUUUCCUGUAUGUAUCGCAUUAUCUGUCAACCAUAUAUGACGUAAAACUGUUUAAGCAAAUGGUCAGAUGGCCGAUCUUAUGCAAAAGAGAUGAAGUCACAUACCGGAUUGAAAUAAAAAAUUUCUUGUACCUAUUAUCACGAGACAAUCCUGAUUUUCAUUUCCCACCGAUACAGAUGUCCCAUUUAAUCCAGUCAGCAGGAAGCAAGUUCCAAAUUAUCAUGUGGAGGCUAUCACAACUCGCUCUUAGAGCUUACAUCCAGAGGGAAUGUAUAUUUCAAGAAGAAUUAUUGAACAUGCCAUGUACAGGCCUAGCACAGGAUUUGGCAAAAGCAUAUUUCAAUAAUAUAAUUGUGAACAAAUGCAACAUCAUAUUAAAAACGUGUGAAAAAACAGAACAAAUAUUAGAUGCAACAAAUAACUUUUUAAACGAUGAAAUGAAAACAUUGAAUGCAUACAAAUCGGAAAUUUUUGAUAGAAAAGAGAAUAUAAAAGGACUGGUUCUUGAUCUGUCGAUUUACCCAUUAAUUCAAGAACAAUUAAUAGAUGUUGAUGAUUUCAGUAUAAUAGAUGUAUGGAAAAGAAGCAUUUCCAAAAAAGUUCAAUAUGUACAUAGAAAGAACAAAGAGUUAAAUAAAUUGGAGGAAUCCUGCAAUUGUUUGUACAAACUUGUGUUGAGGAUAAACUCGAAUUCUGAGACCCUUGACGCAAAUAAAUUUCCCAAAAUUUACUGCUAUAAUUAUUAUUUAUUAUACACGCAAUUUGAGACGCAGCAUUUAAUUCGAAAUUUACACGCAAACGACUCCGUCGUGUUCUCCACUUUGCUGUCACUGUUGUAUUUAACAUUUAAGCAAAUAUUACAUCGCAAGAAUAUUACCAGUCUCUCCGAUUUAUCGCAAUGUCUGCCGUUCGUUCAAAACGCUUGCGAGAGGAUGGAAUCAUUGCAAAUGCUAUUUAGCGCAUUGAAUGCAAAACUCAGCAAUAUGUGUAAAAAUGAGGAGUAUGUGUCUCUAGAAAUUAACAAUAUUGAAAAUUAUAGCGAUUUCAACGCGAGUAAUGUAUCAAUUGCAAACCGCAACAUCUCACUGCAACCUCCAAAAAUUAUUUUUAAUUUUAAUCAACACACAGAUGAUGAUCUUUUUUAUGAGAAGUUAUCUUCAUCUCCGGUGGAAGGAAAACACAAAUAUUUAUUCAAUAGAUAUCAACGUGAAUAUCGUUCGUUGUGCGAAUUACCUACAACCUUGUUGGACUUUAGUAAUUCCUGGAACAAUAUGAGUGGAUGGCUGUCUCCUCGCGCACACUCCAUCAAGUGUGAGCAAAUCUCGUUCAAGGGGACACCGCUUUCGCCUUUGUACUCUCGAUUGCUACGUUAUUCUAAAUUAGAUUUAAACUGUUCCAGAGGUUUGUGUCACACCUUUCAAUAUCCCAAUCCCAUAUGUCUACAUGCUUGUCAUUUGAACGAAAACGAUGAAUAUUCAAAUGUGUUUUUAGAAAGAGUAUUGCACAGCUCGAAUGCGAACUACGAAGGAUUGAAUUUAACACCGAGGAAACGUCCUUCAAGAAUGGGUUAUCUGAAUAGCUGUGGUCGCAGAAUAAAACAUGUUUUUUAAUUUCAUUGUAAAAUAUCCUUAUUACAUAUAUUUAAAUAUGAAAAACUGACAAAAUGCACAACUGGACACCGUGGAAUUCGUGCUAAAUAUUUUAUUCAGUAACUGAAGAAAAAUGUUUAAAAGCUGUUGACAUUGUAAAUUUUUUAAAGCUCAUGUAAUGUUAUUCAAAUUUAGUGUUAAUAGUGUUAAUUUAGAUAUUUGAGCGUAAAAUAUUUAUUUCAUGUAGAUUUCUGUAUGCAUUUCUUUUUUGUUUGUAUUCUAAAUUAUUCUGAUAUUCUACAAUGACAUCAAAAAACUUGUGUAUCAUAUGAUUAUAUAUAUUGCUAGUUAGUGACAUAAUCCGUAUAUUUAUUAACUUGGCAUUGUGCAUAUAAUUUUUAUUUGUCUUUUAAUAUAUUUUUUUGCACUUUAAUAUAUUUUCCUAUGCACUUUUUACAUUUAUAAAAAGAUAUUGUUUCAACUCCUAAACGUUGAGGUACACCACUAAAAAAUAGAAAUCUAAUAUUUUUUAAUGCUCUACAACAUCCAAAGCUCAUUAAUAUCAGUGAGAAACAGUUCCCUGGUUAGUUAAUUUUAAAUAAAUAUAUUUUAACUUUAAAUUAUUUUUAAAAUAAGCUUUAAUUAUCUUUUUGUUAAAAAUUUAUUAUAUAAAAAAGUUUAAAAUAAAAUAAAAAUACAUUCCAUUAAAAAAACAAUCUCUGUUAUUUUACAACUCGAUGAGACCUAAAUAAGAUAAUAUUUAUGAUACAUAUUCAUAAAUAUUUAUUACUUUUUGUUUAUUAUAUUUUUAAAUAUUGUAAAAAUAUUUUAUACAUAAUAAUUUUAAUUAUAUACAAG